AGUCUGUCGUGGACAGCGUGGUGGAGGAAAGGCCUCUCAGGGGUCACUUCCUGCGGUCAUCCAGAGAUACAAAGGUGCUGAGCGGUGUCACCCGUGUCAAAAAACGUCCAUGAAUAUUUCAGAGUCUCACUGAUGUCAACAGCAGCCGUUUAAGCGCCUAUAAAGACCGGACUUCUCUGAACAGGACACGUCCAAACCCUCCAGAACCUCAGCAGACUUUUCUCCACCCUCCGAAGAGAAGGACUCCUCCUGUCUGUGAUUCAGCACCAUGGUCAGCGCUCGGGCUCUCCUCCUCGCGGCCACCUGCUGCUGCACCUACCUGUGGCUCGCUCGAGCGGAGGACUCCUCACUGGAGACGCGCUCGUCGGACUUCCCAUUGAAAACCCAGCAGGAGAAAGACCUGAUUGACGCCUUGCAAGAAGUUCUGGAGAAGCUUAGGAGCAAAGAGAUGCCCUUAGAGAAAAAGCUUGGCUGGCUGCCUUCGUGUGACGCAGGGGAGCCUUGCGCCGUGCGUAAAGGCGCGCGUAUCGGCACGCUCUGCAGCUGUCCCCGGGGAACUUCCUGCAACUUUUAUGUCCUCAAAUGUUUGUGAGCGAAAAGAUAACAAAAAUGCAAGAAAACACAAGAAUGGGUUUGAGGGUUUGGAGUGACAUAAGUGUUACGUGUGAUUAACAAAGAACACAUUUCUUUUAUAAACAUGAACUGGAAAAUAUUAAAAAAUAUGUUUUGAAUAAAAUAAAAAAAAACAGUCAAUAAAUGCUCGUGUCCACCUGUCUAUGUCAGUGUUCAUGGCACAAAGUUACCCGUGUGAGAUUGUGGCAAUUUGUAACAGAAUCUGAUCGUAGAUUUCGCCACAAAUCCUCGUUUUUCUUAUUUUUUGUUGUAGUAAAGCUACCCUUGCAUCGAUUUCUAAACACAUUUGUACGA